AUGCGUCCCUCUCUCUCACUCAUCGCCUCGCUCGUCGCUGUCCUUCCCUUCGUCGCUGCCCAAGACGCCAGCCUCGGUAUCACCGCCAUUCAGGCUCACUUUGAGCAAUCUCACAUCGUCGAGGACUACUUGACCGACUUCAACCCUUCCGCUGUCCUCGAUUUGUCCUAUGAAGGUGUUGGAGAGGUCGAGCCCGGACAGUCUUUGACCAUCGACCAGGUGCGACCUGUCCCAGCUCUCGCAGUCACCCCUGCCAACGAGAGCGUCACCCUCGACGGUACCUACACCCUCGCCAUGAUCGACGUCGACGUCGUCGGCGCUGACGUCUCUGCCGGUGUUACCCGUCACUGGCUCGUCAACGGCGUCACCGUCCAGGACGGCGUCGUCUCCACUGAGGGUGCCAACGUCAUCACCCCCUACGCUGGCCCUGGCCCUGCUGCUGGAUCGGGCUCCCACCGAUACAUCAUCGCUCUCUAUGCUCAACCUGAGGACUUCACUCCUCCUGAGGGCUUCGCCGAGGCCCUCCCCGUCGAGGCCUACGACUUCCUUGGAUACGUCCAAGCUGCUAACCUUGGUCCUCUCGUUGCUGCCAACUACAUCAAUGUUGAGGAGGGCGAAUACACCGGCACCCCCGUCCCCACCUCUGCCGUCGUCUCCUCCACCCUCGCCCCCGCUGCCUCUGGCUCCGGUGCUGCUUCUGGCUCUGGCCGCCCCACUGGCUCCAACUCUGGCGCUGACCCCGAGCCCACCGACGAUGCUGAUGAAGACGGCAGCGCUAUCAAGGUCGCCUCCCAAUGGGCUAUCCCUGCUGCUGCUCUCGUUGGUGCCGUCUUAGCUUUGUAAAUGACCUACCAUGGGGAUGCGUGAUCUUUUAGAGAAGGAUUUUUCUUGCGCGAGGUUUUUUGAAUGAGACUAGUCCACUCGUUUAUACCACUACUACUCCAGUCGUCUUACUAAUGAAUGCAUUUGUUGCUGAUACC